AUGUGCUUACAGUAUUGCGGUCCAAUAUGCCAAAAGUCCCACUGGUCCCACCACAAGAUUGAAUGUAAGUCGGCCCUGGGUAAGGAAACAUGGCAGCCCGCCUGGGUUCUUGAAAAAAGAACUCCCGCAUUUAUUGGUACGGGCAUCGGAGAGACUUUUGGAGCGACGAAAUACCUUUGGGGUAAUGUGCCUGCUUUUGACGUCCUUGAACUGGGAUCGAAUGAAGGAGAAGAAUAUGAAGGAGAUCUUCGGAUCUUAUUGCAGUCUGGAGGCUCAUUUGAAACUGAAAUAUCUUUGCCAAUAGCUUCUGGAGACCUUCGUAAUCUUAUCAAGACGAUUGCCCGUCUUCCGAGCAGCUACAACCACCUUCUCGAAGUCACGUUAAAUGACAGAGAUUUUGAAAUCGUGGCCCGCAAUCUGAUUCUGCUUCUUGUUGCACUAGUUGUCGGAAAUUCUCAUGAGGCUGUUGAUUGCAUCAUUCACCUGUGGUACUCGACUCUCGUGCGUGAAUCAGAUAUUCGCAUUCUUCAAGAUCGUAUACAGCCUCUGAUCGAGGAAGUCUGUGAAAAGACCAAAAACAAGUCACCUGGAACUCUUCUUGGAAAGACUUGGACAUUUGCCCAUUGCUCGCUGAGAGUUGUCAUCGAGCAAUCAUCAUGGAAUCGCCUUUUACAGAUUUUCAACAAACCAUCAGGCUUGACAGCCGAGCAGGCACUGAAAAUUCGCGCAACUAACACCCUAGCCUUUUCAAGGAGAGACUAUCGCGACCGAUAUAUGUCCUGCCUUUCCCCUAUCGAGCGAGUCUCUUUUCACAAGUUUCGCCAGGAUGGCCUUUUGCUUCCGUUCGGAUUCCCGCGCCUGGAUUUUAGGGCGCCAAACCCGUGCGUCAGCGGAACAAGUAAAUUUUCAAAAGUGAUACUGACACGAAAUAGGACAUUCUUCCAGACGGCUGAUACCUGGCCGAUGAAAUACAGUGCAAACUCUCUUGAUGGGUGGUCAUUAAAAGAGGUUUUGAAUACGACAAGCGGAGGCAACUGCUGAUACCUACGGCAAAUUAUUCUUUUACCUUCGCGGUCUACUUUACUCCUUUUUGAAUCGAGUUUCUAGCUCAAGUAUCUCCUUCCGACUUCUUCACCUUGAUGCCUCUUCCCUUCCUGGUAGUCUUGAUAGUGAUUCUUUUAGCCGCAUUGAUGUGUCAAACAUCUCGGAUAUAGGCUGGCUAGGAAUUCACCGUACAUUACAUUUGAUGAUUCCCCUACUUCAAAAUCCGGUGCAGAACCCACAUGCCACCAUGAUAACCCUUUUCAUGAAUGCAGUUGAUGAGAGCUUGACCGAUGAUGAUAGAAUGCAGGGCCUUCCUCUCCAUAGUCGAGCAACGAGGGAUAUACUCAGAUAUCUCCCUCCAAAAGGAGCAAGAAAUUCCACAUACGAUCCUGCGAUUAUCAAGUUCAAUGUUGGUCGGGACCUUGUGACAACCUACAACCACGUUUUUGAUAGGUUCCUAAAGGACUUUGAAUUCCACACCGCUGGUCAUGUAUUCGGCGCAAUGAUGAAAGGAAAACAUACUAUCGUCGAGAAAUGGCCCUACAGGCUAAAACUACGACCCGGCCAGCCAGGAGCUCAAGAUGAGUUUGACCGCUGCAUGAGAGAAAGUGUUUCAGGGAAGGAACGCUAUGUGGAGUGGAAGAGAAUCCAUCAGGGCCUGCUCUGAAAAAUGUGUGUUACAUUUCCGUUGCACUAUUGUCAAGGCCGGGAAACCUUGGAAGGAUAUAAAUCCAAGUCAUUUUGUGUAGAAGAAUUCUGUUUUAAUUCUUCAGAUAGGUCUCCAAAUCUGAAUAUUGGAUAGCUCGAUAUGUCUACUC